AUGCCUCGCCACGCCACCCCUCCUCAUCUCCUUCCCCGCCGACCACCCUCUCCUCCUCUCCUCAACGUCAGCGCUCAUGGGCUUCCUCUCCAUCCCCUCCUCCUCUCCUUCAACGCCGACCACCUGCUCUGUGACCACCUCCUCGUCUCCACCUUCACCUCCUGCCUCGCCACGUCCAUCAUCUCCAAGGAGGAGGAGGAGGCCCCACCCCUCAUGGGUCUUGUCAACGUCAAUGCUCAACCGCACUACCCGCAACGCCAUGGAUGUAGACGGGGCAAGCCGUCGGUGGUGCCGGUGCCGGACGUGGUGGUUGACGAGCAAGCCCUGACGGAGCUCGGCGAGUGUUGUCAGGAGCUGGAGGAGGGGCAACGUGUGUGGGUGGCGCAUCGACAGGAGGCGGCAUGGUGGCUGAAGCGCGUGGAGCAGCAGCUGGAGAUGGAGCACUAG